GAGGGAACUCGACAAACAGACAGCAAGAAUCAACUAUAUUUAAGAGGAAAUCACUAUGGACUAUGGAUUUUUCGAAGAUGAAAAGUUAUUGGAAGUUUUCCGUCAAAACAAGACAAAAAUAUCUACAAUAGAAAAGCCAUUGAUAUUUCUUCGCCAUCUCAAAGACAAUAGACUCAUUACAAAUGAGCUUUAUCAAAAGCUUCAGAAAGGUGAUUAUGAUAAUGGUGUGUAUGAUGCAUUGGAGUAUAUUCAAACCCAUGGAACAAAGAAAGUUAGACAUUUCUGGAAAUGUGUGGACCAGGAGCACAUUUUACAGUGUUACCCCCAACUCUCUGAAAUCAUUGCAACUCUGAAGAAGUGUGAGAAAUCAUCUGUUUAGCUAUCUGUCAGUCUGUCUGUGACUUAUCACAUUGAGGUCUGCACUGCAGCAUUGCUGAUGUAUUUCCUAAUUCUAGUUUUUAUCUCCUCAGCUCUUAGAGAACCAAACAACAAAAUAAGGGAGAGAUAUGAGGAUCGAGGCACAGGAAAAGAAAGAGAGGGGAUAGAGAAGAGCUCUGUGAGUAACCAAGCUGGCCCGUCGUCACAAAUCACUGACAGACAGAAGAAGAAAGCCAAACACAUGGAGAGAGAUCUUCAGAGUUCUCCAGACUCUACCACGGAAUCAGAGCCAUUUUCCCAUCCAUCCUUAAAGGAAGAAGUGAAUCUCUGGGAUAAGCCUAAACACAAGAGAUGGCUUCCUGUCACAUGUGGUAACAAAAAGGCUUCAAUUGACAGAGUCGCACUAUUUAACAGAAAAAGGGAUUGCAUUAAACAUAAUGGCGAAAUGAUCUCCCCUUAUACAUUUGAGCAAAGGGGUAACAAAGAAGCACACAAGAGCUGGAAAACAAGUAUAUUAUGCCAAGGCAAAACCCUCAAGAGUCUUAUGGAGAUGGAAAUUUUGAAGAUACCUAAAGUUGAGGGAAAAUUUACCCUUCAUAAAUGAUAUGUCCUAUGCAUCAUUUAUUCAGCAUUUUAAAUUACUC